AUGAGAUGCCCAUCCAUUAGCUUCCACAAACAAAAUAAUAUGCUUUUCAUUAAAAGUUUCAUGAUCUUACUCUUAAGCUGCAUGACUAUAAGAAUAAACCUGUGUUUUUCCAGCAACUAUUCUUCCCUGAAAACACUUUCUAUUGAUGGCCAUUUUACUUUUGAUGAUGUUCACCAUGCAGCCAAAGACUUCGGCAAUAGAUUUCAGUUGCUCCCUUUCGCAGUACUACAUCCGAGGUCAGUUUCUGACAUUGCUACUACAAUAAAACAUAUUUGGCAGAUGGGUCCUCAUUCACAGCUCACAGUUGCAGCUAGAGGUCAUGGCCACUCUCUCCAGGGUCAGGCUCAAGCCCACCGAGGAGUUGUCAUCAACAUGGGAUCUCUCCAGGGACCUAAAAUGCAUGUUCAUUCUGGAAAUUAUUCAUAUGUUGAUGUCUCUGGUGGUGAGUUAUGGAUAAAUAUCCUGCAUGAAAGCCUGAAAUAUGGGUUAGCACCAAAAUCAUGGACAGACUACCUACAUUUAACUGUUGGUGGUACUUUGUCCAAUGCUGGGAUUAGCGGGCAGGCAUUUCGGUAUGGCCCACAAAUAAGUAAUGUCUAUCAACUGGAAGUUGUUACAGGGAAAGGCGAGGUAGUGAAUUGCUCAGAGAAUCAGAAUGGUGACCUAUUCCACAGUGUUCUUGGAGGACUUGGUCAGUUUGGCAUCAUAACAAGGGCAAGAAUAUCACUAGAACCAGCACCUGAUAUGGUGAAGUGGAUUAAAGUCCUCUACUCAGACUUCACCACAUUUACCAGAGACCAGGAGCUUCUAAUAUAUGCAGAAAGCACAUUUGACUACAUUGAAGGAUUUGUGAUCAUUAACAGGACUGGUCUCUUAAAUAACUGGAGGUCAUCCUUUAAUCCUCAAGACCCAGUACAAGCCAGCCAGUUUGAAUCAGAUGGAAGAACACUAUUUUGCUUAGAAUUGGCCAAAUACUUCAACACGGACAAAACAGAUACAAUAAAUGAGGAAGUAAUGAAAUUGUUAUCUCAAUUAAGAUAUAUCCCAUCAACACUUUUUCUAUCAGAAGUUUCAUACAUUGAAUUCUUGGAUAGGGUUCAUGUGUCUGAGAUCAAACUAUGGUCCAAAGGCGUGUGGGAAGUUCCGCAUCCAUGGCUAAAUCUUCUUGUACCCAAAAGCAAAAUUCACAAUUUUGCUGAAGAAGUCUUUGGCAGUAUUCUUACAGACACCAGCAAUGGGCCCAUCCUCAUCUACCCAGUUAAAAAAUCAAAAUGGGACAACAGAACUUCUGCUGUUAUUCCAGAAGAAGAUAUUUUCUACUUGGUGGCAUUCCUUUCCUCUGCCGUUCCCUCUUCUACAGGAACUGAUGGCUUAGAACAUAUCCUAAAUCAGAACAGGAGAAUUCUAGAAUUCUGUGGCACAGCUCGCCUUGGUUUCAAGCAAUAUCUGCCCCACUACACUACACAGGAAGAGUGGCAAGCCCACUUUGGCCCACAAUGGGAGGUUUUUGUGCAAAGAAAAUCUGCAUAUGACCCUCUGGCAAUACUUGCACCUGGCCAAAGAAUAUUUCAAAAGGCAAUACCUUUCUCAUGACAUUGGUGAAAUUUUUAUUUUAAAAGAAAAUGCCCUUAACAGCAUAUGGGAAGAAGAUGCCUUAACCUCCAUGUAAAUACUAAAUCCAUAACUAUAAAAUUUUCCUAUUUUCUAAUAUACUACAAGUUUCACAAGAAAGCUACAGAAGCUAGUAAAAUUUUUUUUCCAAAAGUUAAGCAUUUCCAAAACAAAAUUAGUCAUAAAAGGCCCUGAAGGCAGUAGCCCUAUAAUAAGAAUGUACAUAUUGAUUUUGUUAACAAAUGUUGAUUAUUAUGAUAAAUCCCAUUUUUUUUA